AUGGCCGAGUCCGCCGGCUCAAUCAUGAACGGCAAUGGCCACAUGAACGGCAAGACCAAUGGAAAGGCUGUCGCUGGCCGCAGAAGACCAAUCAAGCAGAGAAGAAGCAUUUUUGCAUGGACUUUCAAUGUCGUAGCUAGACUCGCGACAUGGGCCGCCAUCCUCACUGUCCUCUUCCGAUGCCCCUCAUCUGUAGAGGAGUGCAACGAAUCAUCACCCUCAAUCUGCAAACCAUACUUCCAGCUCAAGAACAGUGUGCAACCUCAUGUCCAACCUUACUACGAUAAUUACGCAGCGCCAUACGUCGAGAUCGCCCGCCCCUACUACAACACCGUUGAUAGCAAGGUCUGGCAGCCUACUCGUGCGUAUGCCGUCCAGUAUGGAGCUCCUUGGGCCGAAAAGGCGCGAGCGCACACUGUGGCUCAGUGGGAAAAGAACGGACAGCCUCAGCUUGCCAAGUACCAGACUCUUGCGAGUGCGCAUUAUGACAAGUCUGUUGGCCCUUACGUGAACCAGGCUGGCCAAAAGCUUGGUCCCUACUACGAGAUCGCACGCACCAAUGGCUUGCAGGUAUACUACGAAUAUCUGCAGCCUGGUUAUGAGUUUGUUCAGCCCUACGCUGCCAAAGGCUAUGGUGCCGCUUCCGACUUCACCACUACCACUGCGCUUCCUACUGCUUACUGGACCUGGAACAAGACCUACUCUUUCCUUGAUGGCAACGUUUGGCCUCACAUUCGUGCUGUGUAUGUUCAAACCGUGGAGCCACAGCUUGUUCGUAUUGGCGAGCGCUUGGGACGUUACAAGACCAAGGCCAAGCCUGUGCAAGACAACUAUUCCUCAACCUAUGUGACCGGAACAACCGCCUCGUCCUUCCAGAAGCCUUCUCAGAGCACCACAUCUGUUGUGUCCUCUUCUCAAGCUCCUGUUGCCACUAAGAACCCUGAACCCGUUGUUGAGUCUGCUCCCCAAGAUUACAUCAACCCUGUGCAGGCCCCUCCUGCCUCCGAAAAUGAGAGUGAACAGCGACGCAAGGCCCGAGAGAUGGUGGCUCACGACCUAGAGUCUUGGCAAACUAAGUUUGCUGCUCAAGCCGACGAGGGUGCCACUGAUCUGGAGGAGCGUGUUGACGAGAUUGCUAAGCGUAUGAUCGAGGAAAACGUCAACGUCAAUGGCAAGAAGCUCUAUGACGACCUUGAAGCUACAAUUGAUCAGGAACUCAAGAGUCUCCGAACCAAAAUCUCAUCUCUCGCUGGAUCCAACCAAGACAGUGCUGAAGUAAACGAAAAUGUCGUUUCCGCCGUGCGAUCGUCCGGUAUGGCGAUCAAGCAAAAGGCUCAGGCCAUCCGCCAAUGGCGCCAAUCUUAUGACAAAGAGCUCCAAGAGACUGUGGUCACUGUUGCCGAUGUUCAUUUCCAAGUCCUGGACGAGACUAGAAACCUCGCCCUGCAACAGAUUGGUAUGAGGUGGGCCUGGACUGAUGCUAUCACUUACAAGGACUGGGCCAAGUACCACGAGCUAAAGGCCACGCUCAACGAGUGGACUGAGCAGCUCAAGCAAUUGAUUGUCACACAUCCAGCUCUUCUUGAGGCUCAAGACGCCGCCGCACGAGUUGAGGAUGAGGGUAUGGAGAUUGCCUCUACGGCUGCCAAAGAGCUGGCUCGACUUAAGGAAGUUGCUCGCUGGAAGGUGUCUGCAGGAGACUCAACCGACAAUUUUGAUAGUGACGCCAUGAAGCUCGCCGCCGAGCAAGCUCUUGCGGCAAGAGAAGCUGACGAACAGACCCCAGCGGAAGACGACAAUGCGACCUCCAGCCUCUCGGAGGCCGUUGAGGAGGCUACAUCACAGGCUUUUGAGGUUGAACAAGAGUUGGAAGACUACGUCGCAUCGGUUGCCGAGCCUGUCCAGGAGAAGGCUUCUGAAAUCGUCGAGUCCGCCAGCGACAGCAUGUCCAGUGCUUCCUCCGUUGUUGAUGAGCCUAAUGUUAUUGAGAAGGCUACCUCAGCUGUAUCCAGCAGUGCCUCAUCCAUUGCUAGUGACGCCUCCAGCGUCGUUUUCAAGGGAGAGAAGAGUGCCAGCAGUGUUGCAGACGAAGCAUCGGAGACUGUUGAGUCCCUGUCUUCGACAGCAUCCGAGUCUGCCACCAACGUUAUCGAACAAGUAUCAAGCGAACUCUCGGAAGUGAUCGAAUCAGCCACCAAUAUUCCAGAGUCUGAUGACAGCAGUAUGUCGACCCCCCUUGCCUCGGAAGCAUCUGAUGUGCUUAUCGGUGACACCUAUUCGAUAGUCAGCAACGGCAGUGAAGAGCCCCUUGCGGUCGGUGAAAAGGAACCGCUCGUCGAAAUCGAGGAAGACCAUGUUAUGCAUCGCGACGAGACCCCCCUAUCUGACCAACACGAACGUAUCAAGCCUGCCCUGUUCGGCGCCGCGGCUCAGGAUGUCCCUCACCGACAGAUUGUCCUUGAUGAUUACGUGGACACAGACGCUCUUGCAGGUGCCACUGAUGCCGCGCAGUCAGUUUACAACAACGCUGUGUCUCGUGCUUCUGAGCAAUACUCAAGCGCUCUCUCAGUCGUCUCAGCUCAGAUCUACGGAACCCCUAAGCCAGUUCACGAGAAGCUCCUGUCCUCGGUCUCUUCUUCUUACGACCAGGCAGUCUCAGCCGCUGAUAACCAGUUUGACAAGGCCAAGCAAGCUGCCACCACAGCUGCUUCACAGCUCCCUGCUACUGCCACCGUCCCCAACUGGCUUGAUUGGGAGAGAAUCGAAUCCAUCGCUUCCCAAAGACUUAACGAAGGCCGACUGUGGGCUGAAAUUCAGUACCAGAGUGCUCUCAUCGCUGCAGGACUCGCCACAGCUACUCCUUCUUCGGUGCCCGAGAAAUAUCUGGAACAGGCCAAGCUUAACUAUUAUGCUGGCCUUGGUCUUGCCCAGGAGCGAUACUCUAGCUUCAUGGCUGGUGUGACAUCUGGUCUCUCAUCUUUGACUGCCACCCCUACUCCCACUGACCUUGCCGGAUCUGCUUCCUCUGUUGCUUCCGUGGCUCGCGAGUCAGCUGCUUCCGCGGCCCAAGCUGCUCGAGAUUCGGCUGCUGCUGCCGCCCAGGCUGCCGGUGACGCGGCUGGAUCUGCCUACUCAGCUGCUGGUGAUACUGUCAAGUCAGCUGGCGACGCUGCUGGAUCUGCCUACUCCGCUGCCGGCGAUACUGUUAAGUCAGCUGCUCAGGCUGUUGACGAUUCGAUCUCUUCGGUAGUUGAGGCAGCCAGUGAGCAAAUUUCAAGCGCUGGUCUGGCUAUCGGUGAUUCUUGGAACAACAUUGUUGAGCAGAUCAGCGGUCAAGUCUAUGGCGAGCCCACACAGAUUGCUUGGUACGAGCAUGUCUGGGGCGAUGCUAGCUCAUACGCAUCAAAGGCUACCGACGCUGCUGCCGACAAGGCAUCUCUCGCCUCCGAAGCAGCAGCUGCAUCCGCCGCUACCGCCUCCGCUGAGGCACUCAAGCAAUACGAAUCUGUGAGCGAGCUUGUAAACGAGCUCAUCAGCGGCAAGGAGCCAUCUUUCACCGAGAGCGUCCUGGCCCGAUUCCAGAAGGCUUAUGCCACCGCUGCCGCCAACGCUGAAAGUCUCAGAAGCCAAGCCAAUGAAGCUGCUUCGUCUGUGGGCCAAAAGGUUGGCAGUGCAGCCAGCGAGGCCACCGAAGCCGUCAAGGAAACCUUCCAGCGUGGGAAGGACGAGCUGUAA